UAAUUAGGAUGUAGUACAUGAUGGUUUUAUAGAAGGGGGAUUUGUUUAAUAGUUUUAUCGUGUAGGCUGAACACAUUAAAAUUAAUUUCCAGCACAUUAAACACAAUUGGUGUGACUAAGUUUGUUAGAAAAUCUUAUUUUCCUUCACAGUUCUGGAGUACAUGGAUGAAUUACAUUGUAUGAAAAAUGACAAGAUAGAAGAUUGACGACCAUGGCUUCUCUGUUCAUUCUAUUGUGCCUUUUUGCUGAAGCUGUUGCUCAGAAUCUCGUGACUUUCACAAUUAAGGAAGGGAUUCCCCGACUUCACACUGUAGGAAGCAUACCGAAUGCAUUCAAUCUAGCCGCAAAUCUUUCAAAAGACCAGUUUGAUUCUCUGAGGUACCAGUUUUUGGCCAAUCCUGACAACUUGUUUGACAUAGGAGUCAUUUCUGGUGACCUUCGGACAAACACAUCGAUAGAUCGCGAGAGUAUCUGUGACUUCCAAGAAGAUUGUACGAGGGAUUUAACUGUUACCGUGAGGUCCAAAGUAUUCUCUUACACAAAAAUUUUCUCUGUUCAAAUAAUAAUUCAAGACACAAAUGACAAUUCUCCAAUUUUUGAGCCCUCUUCUAUGCGUUUGAGUAUUCCUGAACAUAGCAGCAUUGGAACCUCGUACAAGAUACCCAGCGCCACGGACAAAGAUGUCGGGAUCAACUCCGUCCAGAUGUAUGAGAUAGUACCAAAAAAUGGACCUUUCGAACUAGAUGUGACAAAGUCUUUAGAUGGAAGCUUCUUUAUCAGGGUUGUUAUAAAGCAGAUCUUUGACAGAGAAGUGCAGGACUACUACCAGUUUAACAUUCGGGCUUUGGAUGGAGGUUCCACUCCCAAUGUCGGGGUUCUUACUGUUCAUGUAGAUAUUGAGGAUAUUAACGAUAACUCACCAGUGUUUACCCAAACUACUUACAAUGUAUCAGUCCAAGAAAAUAUCACCAUUGGAUCCAAUAUUUUACAGUGUGUUGCUACUGAUAAAGAUAUUCAGGACAAUGGAAGAGUUUCCUAUAGAUUUAGUAUGAGGUCUGAUUUAGAUGCUAUCAAGUCUAAAUUCAGUAUCAAUGCACAGACUGGACAAAUUCAAGUGAUUUCUGCAUUGAAUUAUGGAGAGCAAAACUUGUACGAAUUCUUUAUUGAAGCUUUUGAUCAUGGUGCGGAAGCCCGAGUAUCCCAAGCCAAAGUCAUUAUUAAUGUCCUAGAUGCUGGAAAUAAUGCCCCCUCCAUGGAAAUCUCUUUCUUUGAGGGAGGUAAUGGCAGCCAUUCUGUAAGCGUCAGAGAGGGAACCAAGGAGGAUGUCUCCAUAGCUCAUAUCAAAGUAUCCGAUUCAGACCCAGGCCAGAAUGGGCAAGUGGACUGUUCCUCAUCAAAUGCCGCUUUUGGACUUCAGGCCAUAGGAUCCAGUGGAUAUUUGGUGGUGGUCAAGUCCUCCCUGGACUAUGAGACGGUGAAGUCGUAUCCUGUUACUGUCACCUGUCAGGAUAAAGGGACCCCCUCCAUGUCCUCCACCCUCUCCUUCACUGUUAACAUCGCGGAUGAUAACGACAACGCACCAGCGUUUGUCGCCAGAAUCUACCAGGUGUUCAUCCAGGAGAACAAACCACCAGGAACAAGAGUUACAGAGGUUCUCGCCAAAGACAAGGACUCCGGGGUGAAUGCAAUGAUUAGAUAUACAUUAGAUGGAGAUUAUGGAUUGGAUAUAGAUACCUCCACUGGUGUUAUUGUCACAACUCGACCCCUAGACCGGGAGGCCACCCCUCAGAUCUCAGUCAAAGUCCUGGCCGUGGAUCAAGGAAACCCCCCUCUUACUGGAUCCACCACGCUGAUUGUAAAUGUUCAAGAUGUGAAUGACAAUACGCCAAGAUUCAAUGUUACUCAGUUUAACUUUCAAGUCCCAGAGAACUUAAACAACACUAAAGUAGGCACAGUCUAUGCCAUGGAUCUGGACACUGGCUUGAAUGGUCAGAUUAUUUACACAUUGAAUGAUGAGUCCGAUUCAUUUUACAUUAGAAGUGAUGGGAGCAUUUUCACAAAGAAACCCCUGGAUUAUGAAGCAGAAAGAUUCUAUACAUUCACGGUGACUGCAAGAGAUCAGGGAAAUCAAGUUCUAUCUACAAAUGUAGAUGUGAGGGUACAUGUUGAUGAUGUGAAUGACAAUCCACCAAAAUGUGUUUUCCCUGAUGAGUAUAACCGCACUGUUAGUCUUCCAUACUUAACCAAAAUAGGCUCCCUCAUUACGACCGUCCAGGCCUACGACGCAGACAGCGGCAGAAAUAGUCACCUCAGCUUCCGAAUUCUCAGCGGAAACGGCCAUCAGACUUUUAAACUGGAUCCUAACUCGGGGGAACUUUUCUAUGACAAUACAUUCAUUAUUAAGAAAGACUCCAUUUUUAGACUAAAUAUUUCCAUUUCUGAUCAAGGGGAUCCAUCUCUUUCGUCUUUGUGUGUGCUGGAAGUAACUCUCACACACACCAAUGUAUCCAUGGAACCAUUUUCUGAGGAGGAAUCCAACAGCAAAUAUGUCGUCAUCUGCGUCAUUGUAGUCAUCAUCACCAUCUUCUUCUCUACGGUCCUUAUCACCGUCAUCAUCAUCAUCAAACGUAACGACAGACGGAAUCGGGAGAAGAAGUGCGAGCAGGAAAAGCUGCGUAACUUACAGCAGUUCCAGGGAAUAGACAAGCGAUACUACCAGAACCAGGCUCACACCUUCCCGGAGCAGCUCAGCAAGAAGAAGAAGAAGGAAGUCAGCUUCUCACUGGAAGACGAACUGGACAAAUCACUGGACAUGUCUGGCCAUUCCAUUGUAGAUGAUCAAAAUUACAAUGUGUUCCGACCUGGACCAGAUGAGGACAAAUUAAAACAGCUUCAGUUCGGCCAGUUCCUUAUCAAUCCAAACUCUGACAGAAAGAAUAAUCUGCUAAAAGGUUCCCAUGACAGCAGUAGUGACACAUCCACGGACUUGACGGCCAGUGACAGUGGUCGAGGAGGGAGUGAUGUCGAGAUGAAUCACCAUAGUAACGCACCAGAUGAGCAGAAGACGAACCAUUUAGCAUACUCUCGCUCCUCAUCAUUCCCACCCAUAAUGAACACCCCACCAGACAGAGGGGGUACAAGGCCUCCCCCCAAAUCUGACAAUAGUGCUAGCAAUAAAAAGGAUUACACAGGAUUAACGCCCAGAGAGACAUUUGAGAAAAAGCAUGGAAUUAACAGACAUUCUCAAGAGUCCAUACGAUCGGAGAGUUGUCUCCCCUCUUAUGUGUGACCUUUAACCCUAGUGUUCAUUUUGACUCAUUGUGAUUCCGCAGUGGCCAAAGAAAGUUUGACACAAACAGCUUGUGAUCUUUAUAGACACAAAACUUUUCUUUCUCAAAUUGUCCGUCCUGAAUGUGUUUAUCUUUUUAUUGUUGUAUUAUGUGUGCUGAACAAAACCUUAGAAAUGGAUCUCAGGGACAACCUAUUCCCCUAACACCCAUGAAUUUAUCAUCACCCUCCAAUUUUCCUCCAUUGUUUGGAUUCUGCCAGAAUUCAGAAAGUGGGAACUGUUUCCUUUGAUAUGAAACAAGUCAAAGGUAUGAACUGUGCCUGGAACUUAUCAUUCAGUGAAAGUCAAUCUUUGACAGAAGCCAUAUAUUGUCAAAAUCUAAAUACAUUUACAGUCUCUGUGUCUGCUACUGAAGGCAAAAUCAAAGUUUAUCAUUACCAUGAACCUAACCUUUCAAUAUAGAGAUUUAGAAUGUAUCACCUCAUGCCUAUAUAUAAUAUUUUCCUUUCUUUUGUAGGUUGUAAAUCUUUCCUGAUAGACAAGAUAACAUUAUAGACAGUCUUCACUUUGGACCACCCAUUGCAGUUUGUAUAUGUAUACCACUGGUAUAUAUGGUACUAUUUGGACAUAAAAUCCCAAUUAUUAAAUCAGUUUGCGAAGUAUCCAUCAGGCAAUUCAGUGUAUGAGAAGAAAAAUAUUGUCAUGAAAAUUCUGUUCAAUAUUCUGCCAUAUUGCUGGGUGCUACAGUAUGUUGUGAAGGAUGUAUGAGAUUUGUAUGAUAUGAUUGAUAUUUGUGGUAAUGCUCAAUGUUUUUUUUUGUUAUUAUAUACUGCUGAAUGAGUUGUACAUACAGACUGGAAUUUUGAUGAAAUCUCUUUUAUGAACUUUUUAUAUGAAGAUUGCUUGCAAUUUAGAAAUUACAUAUCAAUAAAGAAUAAAACUUU